GAUAUUUCAAGAGUGGCUGAACUUUGAAGAACUCAAUACGAUCAACUCAUCUCAUCUCAUCUCAUUCAUCAAGCUCAUCUCACUAAUCAAACUCACAGUCUAAGUCCUCCUCAAGCUCUCAAUUUCAUCGGAUUUGAUUAUCUUCAGGAUGCCUAUCGAUAAGGCUCGUGCAAAAGGACUCUUAGGUGUCGGUCAGAAGCCACAAAGUGCUGUCACUAGUUGGGUGGAUCGUAUCUGUCAAUCAUCAAAACCAGUAGCAGAAUCAGAUUUGAAUCAAUUUAUCGUUGAAUUAGUUGAUGUUAUUAACCUUCAACCAACUGGACCAGAAGAAGCCAGUCGUGCGGUUCGAAAGCAACUCAAACAUGGUGAUAUCACACAUCAAAAGAACGCACUCAACCUUUUAGCUUCUCUCGUUCUCAAUGGAGGUUCUAAAUUUCAAACCACUUUUGCGGAUGAACGAAUGGUAGAUUGCAUCAAAUCACUUGUUUAUGAUGCUCGUACAGAUCCAACUGUUCGUAGACAAACGAUGAUCUUGCUUUCUUAUUGGUCUAAAACAUUUCAAUCCGAUCCUACAAUGUCAACUGUAGCUGGUCUUUAUUCGAUCUGUGGUGGUUCUCAUAAACUUGCUCGUCUACAACCUGCUUCUAAACAAACCUCACCACCUAUCAGCAAAACGACCAAUAAAACCUCUAUGGAUUCGAUCAACUCUAAUGAUUUAGUCUCAACGAUGAUUUCAGGGAUGGAGAAGGAUACAGCUAAAGCCAUUAAAGCUGCUCAGAAGUCUAAGAAGAAGGAAGAACGAAGCAAAAAACCAAAGAAUAAGAUCGAUCAACGGUUUCGUACUAAAUUACCUUUACCUCUGAAUGACGCUUCAGACAUCGACUUGAAGGAAGAAGCUCCUGGGAUCUUGAAUGUGGUGGCCACAGCUGCUCAAUGCGCCAAUAAUCUUGUGAACUCUAUACAACUCAUCAAUCCAGAAACACAUGACGUAAGAACCGACGAAAAAGUCCAAACGAAUCUUGAAAAGGCCAAGACUGUUCAAAAGCGUUUAAUACGGUAUAUACGGUUAGUCACCGAUCGUGACACGAAUGGUGAUUAUAUUGGUACCUUGGUCAACACGAAUGCUCAAGUGGUUGCAGCACUUGAAUUGUAUGAAAAACAGAUCGACCCAUCUAAAGACCUUAACUCGAGUACCAAGCGACUCAAAGAUUUAAACAUCCGACCUACACCAGCACCUCAUCAUGAAGAACGAGGAUUAUUUGAUGAUCCAGAAACCCCAAUCUCACCUAAUCUUCCGAUCAGACCAUCUACUAAUUAUAAUGAAGACUUACUUGGACUUGAUUUUGGAUCAGAAGGAGAUCAUGAUUCGGAUCGAUUACCUAAACCGAUUGCACCUGAUUCAUAUCAAAGUUCAACUCAAGCUCAAGUUAAUCGAGAUUAUGAUCCAGGUACACUUUCGGAUUUUUCGGAUUUUGAUUCGUCGAAUGAAGAUGAACCACAAGUUGGACUGAUCUCACCUCUUUCGGUUGGAAAAUCUACGUUGAUUCCUGUGGAUCAAUCUGUUACUAAUCGACCUGAACCAUCGGGAUCUAAGUCAAGAGAAGUGGAAGAUAAUAAUCCUUUUGCAGAUCCGUUUCUUUGAUCAGUAUCCCUCUAUAUACACUCUUGAGUGAGAUCUUAUUGGCUCAAAUCGAUCAUUCAGAAGCUAAUACCUUACCCUAUAUUUCAAUUUAUUUUCUCAAAAAAACAACCUGUGGAUAUGUAAAUAAUGUAAUCUUUGUAGUCUGUUGAUAUAUUUACUAUUCAGAUCCAUUUACUUGAUCAAACUUUAAAUGAUUUGAUGAUUUUUUUCUUUUCGUUUGUUUCUGUACCUUACCAAACCAAUGUUGUCUGACCAAUACGCAAAAAAACAACCAAUUCCAAAUUAAAAGCUUGUAUCAUUAAACCAUAUAUUAUUUAUACUCUUCUCUGUUCAUCUCUCUCUCUAUAUACAUUUCUUUUUUUGCAAUACAAAUCUUUUUUAUUAUAAUUUCU